AGAAAUAUAAAUAUUAAAUAUUUUAACAUUUUGUUUUUGCAUAUAUUUUAUUAAUCUAUAUGNUAAUUCAUAAAUUAAUACUAUAAUGUUGAACUUAUACAUAUUUUAAACUAUAUUAUACUAUAAUACUUAUUAUAGAAAAUUUAGAGCUACAACAUUAAUGGCUAAAAUUUUUUAUUAAUUCAGCAAAUAUUUAUCAUAAUAAAAACUUAUAAAAAAUAAUAUAGAUAAAAUCGAUUAUAAAAUAAUCCAAUAUAUGUUAAUAAUGUUAGUCCUUUUAUUUAAAAAUAUCAUUAAAACACACACCGCCAAGAUUAAAAGAAUAUUAAAAUUUUUUUAAUUACUUAAAUCUCAAAAAAUUAAGUUAUGAUUUUUUCUAUUAUUUCUCGAAAAUUUCAGUGAUAGUUAGACAUUACGUAAUUUAGUUGAAUUAAUCAGAAUUUAAAUAAUUCUACAUUCAUAUAGUGGUAAAAUAUGUAUCCAAUUGUUCAAUUAAAUAAU